AUGUUUAGUGCGGCCGGGGAUCAUCUCGGUGGGACCGCCCUGCGGGAGGAUUACAAUUACGGGCGCACCGGUCAGCAGAUGUUACUGCUGGCGAGUCGCCAAAAUGGUAGCAGCCUAGACCAUUCCGCCAGUGCGUUCAACGCGGAUAAGGCGUUACUAAUGAGCGUACCGACGGUUGGUGUGCUGCUGAUGACUACGAGCUACGGCCCAUACGUGGACAUUACGCCGCCGGUUCCACCGGUCAGUGGGCCCGCUGGGAUACUGCUGGGCGUGAACGAGUCUUCCGUCCCGCAUCAGCAAACAACCGUCCACCCGAUACCGCGCGAUUCCACUCUGUCGCCGGCGCUCGACUUUGACCAGCAAACGUUCGUGUACUACGCGGAAGUGUUGAGCGUGAUCAACUUCUACUACGUACCGGCCCUGGUGCUGUUCGGCAGCAUCGGUAACGUCCUGUCGGUGCUGGUGUUUUUCAAGACCAAGCUGCGGAAGCUUUCCUCCUCGUACUAUCUCGCCGCGCUCGGGCUGAGCGAUACGUUCUACCUGAUCGGCCAGUUCGUCGCCUGGCUUAAUCUGGUCGAUCUGAAAAUCUACAUCCAGGAAAUAUGCUGCCGCUUCUUCACCUUUUCCAGCUCGCUGUGCUGCUUCCUGUCCGUGUGGUUUGUGGUCGCGUUCACCGUCGAACGGUUCAUAGCCGUGCUCUAUCCGCUGAAACGCCAAACCAUGUGUACGGUGCGGCGUGCAAAGAUCGUUAUCUUCGCCCUGACAAUCGCUGGCAUUUUCAUCAGUUUGCCGAUAUUUUUCUUCGCCUCCCCGCAGUUCUCCGUCUCGAUGAAUGACACCAUCUGCGAUAUUGUGCAAGAGUACAAAGACCAGGCAGCGAUGUUCAACUUUCUCGACUUCAUACUCGUGUUUGUAGUCCCAUUUACGAUAAUUGUCGUGCUCAACACGAUCACCGCACUCACGGUGUGGAAGUUUGCCAGCAUUAGGCGCACGAUGACGAUACCACGGAGUUACGGCGCGAACGUGCGCGAAUCUCGCCGUCAGCUGAACAUAUCGAACAACCAACUCUUCGGCAAUGGUACCGUCCCCGUCCAGCAGAUACAGCUACUCAGUCGCAGCCGGGUUGCAAAUUCUCAAAUCAAGGUUACCAAAAUGUUGCUUAUCGUUUCGACCGUGUUCGUUUGCCUCAACCUACCGAGCUACAUCGUGCGGGUGAAGAUCUAUCUGGAGACGGAACACACGAACAUGAACAUAUAUCUGGUGCAGAACUGCUGUCAACUGUUUUUCAUGACGAACUUCGGCAUCAACUUCAUACUGUACUGCGUCAGUGGGCAGAACUUUCGGAAGGCGAUUUUUGGCAUGUUUCACAAGCGUACCCAGCGGCAGAUAAAUCUCGAACAUACCUCCGGCACGCAAGUCACAGAGUUCGUCCUACGCACGAACGGUUCUAAGAUGCGGCGGAAUACCACCACCCUGCCGGACAACGCCGAGGUGGCGACGUGGCGGGAACUUACCGACUAUCAAAUUACCAACUUCAUUAAGUAG